ACGAAAAGUAUAUUUGUGGACGGAGGGAGUAUUAUUAAAAAUUAGCACAAAUAAAUAAUGAUAGUGUUAAAUUGAACAAAAAAAAUCCUAUGAUUUGCAGACGGUUUUAAUUCACCGGAAAUCUCUGGGGGCCGGGUUUAUCCACUGCUCCGACAAGCGAAUGGAGGAAGCCCAAGAAGUCAAUGCCGUGUUAUACGAAACCCUAAGCCCACUCCUUGGCGGCGGUUCCACCGAGGACUCGCCGCCCCCAUCACCGUCGCGCGGUUCCGUCAAACUCGACCCGUACACCGUUUUCCGCAACGAAAUUUCUCUAACCUCAACCGUGUGCCCCUUGCCGGAAACUGCCGUGCAGGAUUACUUUUCUCUCGACGCAGGCGAAGAUGUGGGUGAGGUGCAGCGGAAUUUGUUAUCUGCGCCAUCUCCAGCUCCUCCUGUGCAGGUGCCGGUUAAGGAACCGGCUAGGACGAUUGAAGGGAGCUGGUUUCGUGCCAACUGUCGUUUCAGGAGUCCUAUGCUUCAGCUCCACAAAGAAAUAAUAGAUUUUUGUGAUUUCCUAUCUCCAAGCCAAGAGGAGCAAGAGGCACGCAAUGCAGCUGUAGAACGUGUGUUUGAUGUCAUCAAGUAUAUCUGGCCCGAAAGCAAGCCAGAAGUUUUUGGGUCUUUCAGGACAGGGCUGUAUCUUCCAUCCAGUGAUAUCGAUGUUGUCAUUAUGGGUUCAAACAUCAGAAGUCCUCAAAUUGGGUUACAUGCUUUAUCCAAAGCCCUUUCUCAGAAAAAAAUUGCCAAGAAAAUACAGGUGAUUGCAAAGGCCCGUGUACCAAUCAUCAAAUUUAUAGAAAAGAAAAGUGGCAUUUCAUUUGAUUUAAGUUUUGAUUUACAAAAUGGGCCAAAAGCUGCAGAGUUUAUUGUGGAUGCUGUGUCUAAAUGGCCUCCAUUGCGGCCCUUGUGUUUAAUUUUGAAGAUUUUCUUACAGCAAAGAGAGUUAAACGAGGUAUAUACAGGUGGGAUUGGUUCCUAUGGUCUUCUUGUCAUGCUCAUAGCAAUGUUGCGGAACCACCGUGACUAUCAAGCUUCUAAGGAACUGAAUCUUGGAGUGCUUUUGGUUGCUUUCUUUGAUCUUUAUGGUCGCAAAUUGAAUACAUCUUCUGUUGGACUAACAUGUAAUGGAGAUGGAACCUUCUUCCGGAAGAGCACUAAAGGGUUCUCAAUCGAAGGACGGUCUAAUCUCAUAUCCAUCGAGGAUCCACAGGCACCAGAGAACGAUGUUGGAAAGAGCUCGUUCAACUAUUUCCAGGUGAAAUCGGCUUUUGCGAUGGCAUUCUCAACGCUCACUAAUGAACGCGCCGUAUUAAAAUCAGGUCCUUCUAGAAGCAUACUUGGCAUGAUAAUACGACCAGACGACGUGCUACUAGAGCGGAAGGGCGGCAGCGGCGGCGGGGGGUUGUUCCCGGGCGUGGGGCCGCCCUUGUCUCAAGAGAAAUACAGCGACCAGCGCAACGGCAUGCACUAUAACUGGCACAUCCAUUUUGGCGAAGAAGAAGAAGAAUUGCUUCCCCGGGGAAAUGGAAACGGCAUGGCCAAAGAAGACGGACUUUCCUCUGGAAAGAAGAGAAAGAAGUCCAAGGAGAAACAUUCAUCCAAGAAGAAGGUGAAAGAUGAUGGAGAGACGGGUAGCGGCGGGAGGUCAAAGAAUGAUAAGAGUCCAAAGAAAAGGCACCGGAAGGGCGGGGGCGACGAAGACGGGAAGGACAACAACACCCCGAAGAAAAGAUACAAUAGGAAACACGGUGGCGGCACCGGUGCCGGCAGAGGCGGAGGCAGGGGUUCAGUGCCAUGGCACUCUAGGUGAUGAUUUAGUUUGUAGGGUUCAUUGCCUACACAAAGUCCAGUUUUGCAUAUGUAUCUUUGUUGUUGUUAUUAUUAUUGAUUAAAAGUUGGAUUAGAAAUUAAUUAUGAGUCUACCUUAUCUUUUCAGCUUGUACACCAAAAUGUGCAUCAAGUUGCAUGACAGAGGUAAAAAUGAUAGAGAGAGAAUUUUUAAAGAGAAUUAGCAGAAUCAGAUAUACUUUUAGUCCUUGAGUUUGCAUGUAUCCCAACUUAUUAUCUAUUUUUAUGAUUCAUUUGAUAAAAUAAAACUCUGUUCGUCCU